UCUUAUCUUGUUAUCGAGUGGGUAAGAAGAGAAACAGAGAUAUGGCGAAUUCAAUCUGCUUCUUCUCUUCUCCUCCUCCUCCUACCUUUUGCCUCCUUCAGUCUCCCGGACAAAGUGUUAAGCCUCCUCUCUUCUUCCCCAUUGGUGAUAAGAAGAGUGAAGUGUUCAAGACUUGCAAAUCCAAAAGCUUCGAGAUUCAGGCAACCAACGGUACUCAGACUCCUAAAGUCAGCAGCAUAGUUUGUCAAAAGUGUGAAGGGAAUGGUGCUGUGGCAUGUUCACAAUGCAAAGGAGGUGGUGUGAAUUUGACUGAUCAUUUUAAUGGUCAGUUUAAAGCUGGUGGCCUCUGUUGGCUUUGCAGAGGUAAAAAGGAGGUUUUGUGUGGAGAAUGCAACGGAGCUGGUUUCAUUGGUGGUUUCUUGAGCACCUUCGAUGAGUAAUGCAGAAAAGCUUCUUCAAAAAAUGGGAUCUUUUGUGCUGUUAUUAUCAACAUUCAAAAACUGUCAGAAGAAGUCUUCUUUCUCUAUCAAUGCUGAAUGUGUUGCUUUUUCUUGUUGAACACUAUCUUUGAUCGUUUUGUUGUUUUUUUUUCCAUGUAUCUCUCUCUCAUGUCUCGAGUUCUUGUAACCAAAACGGUCAUAAAGAUUGUUAUCGUAACUACUUUUUAAGAUCA